AUGCUCAGCACGCCGUCAGCUCCCGCACCGCCUGAGCUCUCGCUACGCUAUGCGUACGACCCGCCCUCGAAGAACGUCGGCUUUACCCCAUCAGCGAGGAAGGCGCUGCAGCGCUCCUUCUCAUCGACCUCCACCUCGCCCGUGCUCUCAGCACACCCGCAACCGGCGCCGACCGUGCUCCCUGAAGCAGUUCAGCGUUCUCCGAUCCGAGACGGAGCUCUCGAUGCAUCACAUCCCUGGCUCAACGCCAGCGACCGACAGAACUGGAUCCUCCGCCUCGCGAUGGCGAUAACGGCGAACGACCCCAUCGCAGCUACGAAAGCAUGGCGCGGCCUCGCCGGCAGUCUCUAUCCCGCCGAACGCACUGGUGCCCUCUUCACCCGCCGUGACCGAGAUGGCGGCGCCUUACUGCUGCAGACGCACCAGAGGCGACCUCGCGCAGCUUUAGCCGAUGCCAUUGAGGGCCUCACGAAGAGCUCGGCGUGGCUCGCUCUCUGCGCUACCGGCAGCAAGUUCAGCAGACUAGCUGUCCUCCCCAACUCUGCAGACGCUGCGCUCGUCAUCGCCGUCGAAGUCUCCGACACCACGAAGCAGAAGGGCUGGGCAAUUCCGCUGAACGAGUUCCUGGCCACCGCUACCGAUACCGAGCUUGAUGGCCUGUGGGCGUGGGAUCUGAAGCCCCGCGCUCUCGAUGCUGGAGCCGUCCACACAAUGUGGACGACUGUGCGUGCGAUCGGCACACCUGGCGAUGAGGCCAAGGCGGCCGCACAUGGCGCUCAUGUGCUGGCCCGCUCGACACCAGUCAGUACGGGACACCGUGGGUGCAGACUGGCCCCCGCCGUUCCCGACUGUGCUGCUUCGAUUCCCGCCCCCGUUCCCGCUCGUCUCCGCUGCUCCCGCAAGAGCACCCCUACCCCGACUUCGGGGUCUGAGAGAAGGAAGAGAGACUUCACGCCUCCGCCCAUCGGGAAGGAGGAGGAGAGGAGCGCGGCAAAGGCGUACCGUGCCGAGAAGAAGAGGACGAAGGUCACAGAGUGGCUUGACGCCCUCAGUAUCGACGACAGUGAGACAGACCCGGAGGUAGAGGAGCACCAGUGUGGGCUGGAGAGGGAGUGUUUGCUUGUCUUCGUUGGUGCAGGCGAGUUCGAGGAGGUCAUGGAGCACCGUGUUGGGAGUGCGAGGCCGCAUAGCGCCGGCUCAGCCAAGUCGACGUAG